AUGGCACCUUCACACUCAUUUCCACUUGCAUCUCUGUCACUCAUUUUGCAUCAAACUUCUUGCGCUUUCGCUGCCCCGUGGAUAGUCACCAAGGUGUACGAGCAAGAUGUCUACACCGAGGAUUACGGCUACAGGACCACAACAAGGACUCUCAUUGAUGAAAUCACACCGACAGCAUCACCGAUGCCUGCUGCCCUUUCAACAGCAACUCAUGUAACAAGCGACAGUUAUGACGAUGCUGUCACCGUUGUUCAAGUGCUUUAUCCAUCUGGUGCAGGGAUCGAGUCAACCUACAAGUACUACAAUUACCAAGACUCAAAUAUUAUCACGCAGUACUUCGUGGACAUGGUACUUACAGCGCCAACGUCGUGCUCUUCGCAGUGGACCGUGACCACUGCGGUUCCAGUCUAUGUUCCUAACGCUAUUGAAGACGCUCUGCUAGCGACGUCCAUGUCAACGAGCUACUCCGUGGACGAUAGACAACCCUUUCAGCCAACCACAUACACCAGGGCUCUUGCAUUCAUUGACCCUACACAAUUGCCCGCAUCGAGUCUGAACAGGCUCAGUAACUCCUACCAGCACACCAUUUACCGAGAGUACGGGUGCUAUGACAGUAGCGCCGAUAGCGGUAGCAGCUACUCCUACUAUGAUGGUAGUGACGGCGGCAGCUGGCUCUACGACCGCUAUUAUUACGGGGUUAUCUCUCCACUCGGUAUUCUGCUUGCUUGCAUUUUGGGAUGGUUCGGAGUAUGGCUCAUCGUCGGCCUCAUCGAGAGUUGGUUUCAGUUUCAACGCUUGAUGAGGGGUUGGCAGGCUCGCCGAGGAUUCCCAAUUUCUUGGUGCAUGCUCGCUCCUAUUGUCUCCUGUCUGCUCCUUUUAUUCUGCCGCAAAGGCUUUCAAGCUCGUACUUUCGAGGAGGCGCAGGUGCUUCAAGAGAAAUGGCAACAAAUGGUAUUCUGGAGGAAAGUCGGCCUGUGGCUUCGGUGGGGUUUCGGAUUCAGUUAUCCACCUAUGCUGGGUCCAGCUCCAGUCAAGGUCGGAAGGCCUUCCAAGCGACCUGUUGCUGCCACCGCUCCUCUCCUUGGCGUAUCCCUGCCACGGAGUGUCAUGUCAGAUGUCCAUUCCGAUUCUGGAAGCAAUCGCGGAGACAGUGCUGCGUCUGGUCCAGCAAUGGCCUAUAGUCCAACGCCAGGCCAGACGCUGCAAGUUCCGCCUUCAAUACCGUCAAACAGACAACAGCAGGCCCCCAAUCAGCCCAUACCUGAAGUUCCAUCAACGACUAGCGGUGCUCUUCCUGCUAACACACAUGCAACCGAAACGGCUAGUGAGCCGCGGACUUCAUAG